AUGUUUUUUGUUGAUCUGGAACCAGCUAAAAAAAACAAAGAUAUAUUUAGUUUAACGUCCCUACUUCAUACUAAAAUAAAAGUGGAAGAACCCCAUACACGUAAAGAUAUAAUGCAAUGCCACAACUGUCAGGAAUACGGCCACUCGAAAAAAUACUGUGCACUCUCCCCAAGAUGUGUCCGUUAUGGAAAAAACCAUCCAUCCUCAGCGUGUACAAAAUCUAAUGAAACCCCUGCUAAUUGCGCACUCUGCAACGAAAACCAUCCGGCUAACUACAAAGGUUGCAAAACAUACAAGGAGCUUCAAAAUCACCGGAAUUUCUCCACCAAUCGAAAUAACGGUAACAAAACAAACAAUGUUAGCUCUAAAUUUAAUAACUGUGAAAGUUCCCAGCGGCCAACACAAACCACCAACACAACCUCAGUCCCGUCAUAUGCUCAGGCAACUUCUGAUCAAUAG